AUGACGAACCUGCACGACAAAGCUAGUACUUGGUUGACAAAGUUCGCUCUUGCGGCCUUCCAGGCCGACAUUGACGCGGUAGUGGACUGCUUCCUGCCGGGUGGCUGGCUCCGUGACGUGCUCGUGUUCACCUGGGACACGCGUUCACUAGAGGGACGAAAGAAGAUCGGGGCGUAUCUCGCGAACACACUUCCGAUCGUGCAUCUUUCAAGCUUCAAGUUAGACACGCAGGACGGGCUGAAGCCGGAGCCGCACCUCGGCACGGGUCUUGCAGCAGGCUUCACGUUCGACACCCUCGAUCGCCGGGCGCUCUCCGUCUUCAUGAUGAUUGAGGAUAUCAAGGGGCACGAAGAGAUGGGCCACGAACUGGGUACCUACAACGGACAUACAAUCUCGUGGGAAGAAGUCGACGAGGAACGUAGAGAUGCAAUAGAGAAGGAUCCCUAUGUCAUCAUCGUUGGCGCCGGCCAGACGGGUCUUAAUAUUGCGGCGAGAUUCAAACAGAUGAACAUUGCUUCGUUGGUGGUCGAAAGACAUGCUGUAGUCGGUGAUCAGUGGAGACAGCGAUAUCCAACGCUGUCACUGCAUACGACCAAGAACCACCAUACCUUCUUGUACCAACCGUAUCCAAAGAAUUGGCCCACGUAUACACCCCGGAACAAGGUCGCAGACUGGUUGAAGCAGUACGUCGAGUCACAAGAUCUUGUCGUGUGGACGAAGUCGCAGAUUCUUCCUGGUGCCAAGUACGACUCCGAGACGAAACGCUGGAAUGUCGUCGUCCGUAGGGAUGACAAGGAUAUCGAGCUUCACCCUGUACACGUCAUCAUGGCGACCAGCGCAUUUGGAGCACCCCGCAUUCCUGAGGUGCCUAGCGUGGAGACCUUCAAGGGAACCGUGUUCCAUGCAAGCAAAUAUAUGGGUGGCCAACCAUACGCGGGGAAGAAUUGCAUCGUAGUCGGCGCAGGGAACACCUCUGCGGAUCUAUGCCAAGACUUGUCAUCCCGAGGUGCGAAAUCGGUGACUAUGAUCCAGCGGUCGUCUACGUGCGUCGUCCAUAUCGACACCGUCGCCGGGGCCAUGGUGAAGGGCUAUCCUGACGGAGUGCCUUACGAAAUAUGCGACAUUCGAUUUAAUGCCAUGCCGAUCAAUCUUCAAAGAGCUAUGGCGCGAGAGCGGGAAGCAGAGCUGUGGGAAAGGGAGAAGCCGCUGCACGACCAGCUGAGGAAGGGCGGAGUAAAGCUGAACAUGGGGACAGACGGGUCUGGUCAACACUUCCUGAUCUUCGAGAGGAGUGGAGGUUACUGGGUAGAUGUGGGAUGUGCUCCCUUGAUCGAGUCCGGCAAGGUCCAAGUCAAACAGGGAGUCGAGAUCGAACGUUUCACUGAGGGGGGCGUCGUUUUCUCCGACGGCUCCGAGCUACCUGCAGAUUUGCUAAUAUGGGCAACGGGAUAUGGAGACCCUCGCCUGAGCCACAGGGAAACAUUCGGCGCAGAAGUGGUUGAUAACACCAGCCCGUUAUGGGGACUUGACGAUGAAGGCGAAAUAAGAGGCGCCUACAGACCUACAGGUCACCCCGCUCUAUGGUACGCGGGAGGCGACUUUGCGGCGUCUCGCUUUAUGUCGAAGCAGCUAGCACUGCAGAUAAAGGCAAGGGAGCUGGGGAUGUGUCCGCUGUAGGACCCGCAGAUCACAGGUAGGCUGGUUUGGACAGUGGCUUCAGCGUCGAGGACCUAGGUCGCCUGUUGGAGAUAUUCGACUACUUACAUGUAUGAUGCUAUUCUUCUUCGUCCAUGGCUGUAUAAGCAACACAUUCCAAUGUGCCGAUGGUAUUUAAGAAUACCGAGAGAUCAAUCGAUCACCGACGAGACACCGUUCUCCCGGGGUAUUGGACGGCUUGGCUUUUUAGACAUGUAAGCGUGACAUGCUUCGUUUUUAUCAGUAGGCAAGCAGAAAAUUCCACGAAGUACAACGAAAGCAAAGCAGCGAGUCGACUCAUCUUGACUUGCCUGGCUCUUCUAAUGUCCCUCUGAGACUUGCCACCAUGAGCGUGUUGGUCGGGCAAGGGCGGUGGUCCUCGACAGAUACCCCUCGUGAGUCUUGCUGAAGCAGCAGAAACUUCCAACGUGCUGAGCGGAGCAGUAGAUUACUGGCCAGGGAACGAUGGUG